AUGUCCUCGUAUCGUGGCGAGGUGGGCGCUUGGGACGGCGGUCCCCCGGGCGCCGAGGCGGACUACGCGCCGCAGCAGGCGCCCCCGCUGGCCGCGCCCUUGCCCACCACCGACCCCUGGACGGGGGUCAGCUACAGUCAGUACGGCCAGCCUCAGUACGACUACCAGGCGUACAGUGCCCCUGGUUACGGUUAUAAUUAUGAUUCCACAUAUUAUCAGAGACCAGAAAGUGGCUAUUACGAUAAUUCUAGGGCUCCUUAUCCAGCGGUGCAAGAAAACUACGAAUACAAUCAGUCUCGUGAUCACUCCAGAUCUAAACGUGUGUCUCGUGAUUACGAUCGCCAACGUCCUUCAUAUAGGUCCGAUUCCAGGAGUCAAUCUCCUUACAAUCGCGAAAGAGAGUAUUCAAAAAAGAGAGAGAGUAGCUAUGAAGGAAGAAGACGUAGAUCCAGAAGUGCCUCUAAAGCAAAACACUCAAAGUAUUCUUCUAGUGAUCGAUCGAGCAGGUCUCGGUCGUAUUCAGAAUCACUAACUAAAAAAGGCAAAAAUAAAACACGAUCUGGUUCAUCUAGUUCAUCGAGAUCUGAUAGAUCUUAUAAGAAUGCUGAAACCGAUAGAGAUGAACAUUCUAUGACUCCGCCAUUGAAAACUGAUUCAUUUCGUAAUAGAUCUUAUAGUAAAGAACAAGCAAAAAGUAGGUCACCAAGAUAUAGCAGCGAGAAAUCAAAAAGUAAUAAAUCUCUAUCUAGGAAACAGACUAAGUCUAAAGAGGAGAGGGAGAGAGAUGUUUUCACUCCACCUAAAGUGAGAUCAGUGUCACCAAAAUCACAUAAAAGAUCUGAUAGAUCUUCAGCUACUCCACCGACAACAUACAAGAGAUCAGAUCGUUCACCUCAAAGUAAGAGCAAACAUAGAGACCGCAGGUCGAGAACUCCACCAAAAAAGCCUAGAGAUAGUUCUGUGACCCCGCCACGGUGCUACGCUAGAAGCCGUUCAACGUCUACCUCUAGAUCUCGUUCAAGGUCCUUGACUCCUAGGACAAAACGUAAACGAUCACGCACGCCGAAAUCGCGUAGAAGCAGAUCUUCCUCAUCCAGCAAAAGUUCAGGAUCGUCGAGGUCACGAUCGAAAUCACGCCGUGGAAGACGUAAAUCAUCAUCAAAACAUAGAUCUCGUAGUAACAGUCGGUCAGUGAGUAAAGGUAGAUCGAAGUCACGACGUCAUUCCAGUUCACGAUUUAGAGGGAGAAAACGAUCGAGAAGCCAGAAUGAUUCGAAAUCACGAUCUAGAUCGCGGAGUUCUCGGUCUCGUAGCCGAAGCCGAACACCUAGUGAUGAAGAAUGUCGAGGACAAUUUACCGUGGCAGACAGAAAACGGUUUUGGAAGUUGCAUAGAAAUAGGCAGGCCGAAAGAUGUAAAACUCCACCUAAAGAAAUAAAGCCUCCACCCGGCGCCAUCGAGUCCACUGCAGUGGAUGAUAUAACAUAUGGUGACCCCCCUGAGGUUGAAGGACCAAAUUUUGCUGAUCUAUUGCAUACUCCGGAACAAGUAAUGCAAGCCCCAUCAACUUCCAAAUCUAAACCACUUCCAAUACCUAUAAAGAAUGACGGCAGUUUUCUUGAAAUGUUUAAAAAGAUGCAAGAAGAGACAAAAAAGGCUGAAGUAGCAGAGAAGAAGCCAGAAAUUAAAAAGCCUGUUUUACCUUUCAUUGGUAAAAGACGCGGUGGGAGAGUAUUAAAAACUGGAUUAGUUAAAAAGGCUAAAGCGAUUGAUGAACAAACAGUAGAUAACACACCAAAAGAUGCUUGGUCACUGUAUAUGCAAGAGGUUAAAAAGUACCGGGAGACAUCUUGUGAGGAAGAAAGAAAGACUAGGCCUCUAGUAAAA